AGGAAAUGCAAAGCGCUUGCUUUGUGUUGUGGCAAUCUUUUAAAUUUAUUUUGUAAAGACCGUGAUUUUGGAUGCAUAUCUGGCCUUUUGCCUUUCACAUUUUCGCACUUUGCAACGUCCAUACAUUUGGAUGAGUUUCAAACUGCUGCAGGUCGCUGCGUACGGUUGCGCAGUCGUGCGCAGCGGUGAACACCACCAACUACUCCCGGCUACUGGCUAGCUUGCUAGCAGAUCAAAAUUAGCUACUUCGCCUGCAACCCAGUGCAUUACUAUUUGGACAAGGAGCGAUAUUUCACCAACAUUGUGUUUCCAAGAAAGGGGUUAAGCCCCAGAACAUAUACCCUCUUCAGCCAACUGACACACACAGUAGAAUACCACCAUCUCACCUGUUGCCUUACCACUCAGGAGGCUUGAUUUGGGCCGCAUGGCUUCAUCAGAGGUCAGCAUGCAGGAUGUGGAGGAGGUGGUGAUUGUGACCAUACCAGAGGCAGUGGCUGACGACAUCCCGGCUGUGGUGGAGGAGGAGAAAGCAGUGCUGCUGGCUACAGAGCUCACCCCCCAGCCAGGGGAGGAGGUCCUCACAGUAGCACCAAUGGAGGCUGAAGCUGAGGCCAGUAGCACGGAUUCUCUGUCAAAGGAAGAAGCAGUCAUCGUGAAAUUAACAGAGGAGGUGGAUGUGGAAGCUGAUGUCUUGUACCCAAUCACCUGUGGAGAUGCCAAAGCCACACUGGUGUGGAAGAAGUUUGUCUGUCCUGGUAUCAAUAUUAAAUGUGUCCAGUUCAACGAGCAGCUCAUCAGCCCCAAGGAAUUUGUCUGUUUGGCAGGGAAGUCCACACUGAAGGACUGGAAGAGAGCCAUCCGGCUCAAUGGCACUAUGCUCAGAAAGAUCAUGGACUCAGGUGAGCUGGACUUCUACCAGCACACCAAGGUUUGCUCCAACACCUGCCGCAGCACUAAGAUUGACCUUGUGGGAAGCAAAGUGUCAGUCAGCAGCGAUCAGUCUGUGGAGCUCAUCCCUGUCACCCCCUCAUCAGCCGAUGUGAAUGGAUCAGCAGCCUCAUUUCCAGAUGUAACCGAGGAGACUUCAGAGUGGGUGACUGCCAUUGGAGAGGACUCUGUUGCAUUCUGGCGUGGUGUGAAGGAGGCAGGGCUACUGGAAGAGGUACUGGACGACUUCCAGAAGGAGCUGCAAGAGGUGCUGAAGGGGAUGCGGGAGCGAAUAUCUGAGCCCCCACUGCAGGUCAAAGAUGCUGUUCUACUCAAUAACAUCGUCCAGAAUUUUGGCAUGUUGGACCUGGUGAAAAAGGUUCUGGCUAGUCACAAGAGCCAGAUGGAUCGCUAUAGAGAGCAGUAUACUCGCAGCCUUGCUGCUCUGGAACAGCAGUGUGACGAGCACCGGAAGCGAGCCAAGGAGCUGAAAAGCAAAUCUCAGCAUCUCAACAACGUCCUGAUGACCCUCACCCCGGUCCCUGCAGCCACCACACCUAAGCGCCCUCGGCUGACCCGGGCGGUCUCCGGCCCUGCCUCUGUCAACGCCGCUGCCACUCAGAUCACUCUGCCUCUGAACCAGCUAACCAGCCUGCCGCUUGGCAAGGUGCUGACUAUGGCAGGAGCCCCGGCCGGCACAGCCCUGGGCGGAUACACCCUCUUGACCUCGCCGGUUGCCGGGCCAGAGCUGGCAACAGACGCGUCCAACCUGACAGUGCUCUCUGCAGCAGCGGUUCAGGAGGGGACGGCUGGUGGCGGCACCCCACCUCCCACGGCCUUCGUCAAGGUGGUCAGCUCCCAGUACCAGCUGGUGACGGUGCCCGCCACCCUGCAGGGUCUGGUCACCACACAAAGCACCAUGGUUCCACUGCCAGUCGGGAACAUUAGCGUGGUGGGUGCCACAACAACUGCCACAGUAGAAACACAAGAAGCUGAUGAUGAUGUGGAUCAGCAGGUCAAAGGUCAGCCAGUACAGACUGAAGGUGAGGAGGUGAAAGAUGAGGAGCAGCACUGAGAAGAGAGGCGACAGCUGUUGUCCCGGCUUCAUCUCAGCAGUCUGGGCAAUGGAGAGAACGCAUGUUUCCAGCACUGGCCCGAGGGUUUGUCCAGGUUUUGGACUUUUCCAGACACUUUCACUUGUUCUGAAUGUCAAGGGGAAAAAAGUUUGACAGUAGGGCUCAACGAUAUGAAAAAAGUCAUGUUGCCAUUAAUCAUACAAAUAUUGCACCAUGAUUCAUGGUUUUAGUAGGAAUGAUCAUUUUGAAUUUUAAUGUUCUUUUUCAGUGUCAACGCUAUUUAAAUAAUGAUGGAAUUUUUUUUUUUUGCUUGGGUCUGUACCAACGUGUUUUCUUACAUCUGGAAAAUACAGUUUGUAGGCCAAGGUGCCUGUGGUACCAUAAUAUAUUAACGCUUUGUCUCAUAUUUUACACUCAUCAAAAAAUUGCAGCUCCUGCAAUUUGGAUAUUGCACUUGGACAUAUUGCAAUAUUUCCAUUAAUUGUUAAGCCCUAACUGACAAGUGGUUUGACUGUCAUAAACAAAGUUCCCCAAAAAAAUCUGUCUACAAAAGCAAAAAUCUUUUCUUUCUUUUUGUAUAUUGCAGAGAGAUUACAGAAAAUCUCUAGUUGAUAUGAAUCAGAAUACCUUUUUCAUUCACAGGGAUUGAGAAAUGUUUUCCUCAAAGGCCAGAGGUCUCUCCCCAUAUAACUGUACUCAUAACAAGACAGUGACAGACCUGAGACAUAGAGCUACAGGUAACUGCAGUGCUUGGUCAGGUCAUUCCUACCAUGCAUUCAGCUGUCAGUUAGCAGACCAUUUGAAAUGUCCUUGCAAAUGCUGUUAGUCUAGCAGCAUGUAAAAUGUCUAAAUGUGUAUCUAAUGUCAGGAAUCAUUUGUAUUUCAAAAACAAUUUCACUGGAAGUUGUAUAAGUAACUGUAAUACACUUAAUACACCUAUGCUCAUCAGUGUUGGCUUGUGCAUUUGUAAAUAAAUGUUCCAUUGUCAAGAAUUA